CAGAGCAACAGGGUGGAAACGGUCAGACGACUAUGGAUGCGUCCGGCUCGCUUUUUAAAACAUUAUUUUGGUCGUAGUGUAAUGUAGAUUUCAAGGGAUUCGAUUUUUCAAAGGGAUUAUUGUAAUUUUUCUUUGUAGGGUAAACUUUAACAACCACUUUUUAAAUCGGAAGCGAAUUAAACCGCAAUUAUGAAUGAUAUUAAACUUGCCAUUUUGGGAAGCGAAGGAGUCGGGAAAUCAGCUCUCAUCGUUCGGUUCCUGACGAGGCGAUUUAUCGGCGAAUAUGCCUCAGCAUCAGAGUGCAUAUACAGAAAGCGUCUGUCUAUUGAUGGUAGACAGCUGAAUAUAGAACUCUAUGAUCCUUGCUCACAGGCCUGUGAGGGGAAGUCAACUCUGAACGACCAGAUCCACUGGGCUGAUGGCUUCGUAGUGGUCUAUGACAUCAGUGACCGCUCCUCCUUCAUCAAGGCUAAAGCCAUAGUACACCUGAUCAGAGAGCUGAACCUCGGCGUGGCCAAAAGGGAUGCAGACUCUCUGGUGUUCCUGGUGGGUAACAAGCAGGACCUGUGCCAUGUGAGGGAGGUGCGUCGAGAGGAGGGCCAGCGCCUGGCAGCGGAGUCCCAGUGCCAGUUCUACGAGCUCUCUGCGGCAGAACACUACCAGGAGGUGGUCCUCAUGUUCUCUAAGACGGUCCACAACGUCAGCCUGGGGGGGGGCAAGGCCAAGGAGAGGAGACGGAGACCCAGUGGCUCCAAGUCCAUGGCCAAACUCAUCAAUAAUGUCUUCGGGAAGCGGAGGAAAUCAGUGUGAAGGGUCAAGUGUUACCCCAGGCCUCAGAGGUCUUGUUACCUUGUUACUCACCUUGGGACUGUUGUUGAAUGGUGAAAGGGAUUGUGGGGGGAAAAAAGGUCAAUAAACAUUGAAUGGACCCACCACCAACAACAUGGGCUUCACCUACUUACUUGCUAUUGCCGUUGCUAUUAUUGUUGAUGAUGAAAAGGGUGGAGAAAGGUCAAUGACAAUUAGACCCCCCCACCAACCUACAUAGACUUUGCGCAAUCCUCCGGUUGCGUAACCACCGAGUGACAACUCUAUGUGAGAUGGGGUGUAAAUGGUUCUACACUGAUAACAGAGCUUAUUGGGCUGAUAGGACUGCUGCUGUUUACUGCCUUUCUGUCUAUUGCUUACCAUACUCUAAGGUCUCUACUAUAUAUAUAUAUACUAUCGGUCAAAACAUUUAGACGUGUACCUAUGAUGAAAAUUAC